AUGAGCAUCACUCAAACAUACUAUCUCGCCCACACUGCCCGGAAGAAGCUCACUCGUGAAGCUUCCCGGGCAGACCACGACCUACGCCUGCUCGUUGGCCACGCCAAUCUCCUCGACUCGCUGAUGUACGACCUCGCCGAUGCCGAGCGUGAACAAGAACGCUGGUUCAACCAGACCGUCAGCGGAGCCACCAAGGCUUCUGCUUCUUCCUCUCGUCAACACAUCCAAUGGGCUUCGACUGUAGUCGAAGAGCCCGAGGAAGACUGGGAUGCGGAGGAUGCAUCUGAUCUGGACUCCGAACUCAGCGACAGCGACGACUCCGACUACGACGAGUCAGAAUUCGUCAUCAACACUCCUCCCCGUCGCCGCGCCCCAUCACCCGUGGCUCCCUUGCAGGAGGACCUGCUAGAGGAGGAGGAUGACGACGACACAGAUUCAGACUUUGAGUACGACGAUGCGGAGGAUCUGGAGGAGCUGAGCUUGACUCGCUCACCAUCACGACAGUCGCCGCCUGAGCUCCUUUCUGAUUCAGAUGGAGAGUCCGAGGACGAGGCGACGCCGCCCUCCCCGCCCCAGCCUACGCUGGAGGCAUUCGAUGAAAAGGAGCCUGCUACGACGGCUAUUGCCUUGGCGGGCUCUGAUCAACCCCAUCUCUUUGAGCAAGGGUAUUUUGGUGCACAAGAGCAGACACUCAUCGAGGCUUAUUGA